UUUGAUGUUGACAUCUGAGGUUUUUGAACUCCAAUUUUUUUAAAUAAAAAAAAAAAUCCAUCACAAAUUGUAAUUUUUCACCAUAAAUUCGAUCAAUUGUAGCGGUUAUUCGGCCAGUUCAGUGUUAUAAUCUGAUUUUCAAAUCGUAAAAUGUCUAAAAAAAUCUCUCAACAAACCUUCGACGAUGCUGUCAAAGAAAACAUCGAAGAAUUUUCCAUGUCCACUUCGGAGGCAGUAGAAAGUGCCAUUCAGGAAUUCGAAUCUCAGGGUGUCAGCUUACAGAACAUAAUUACGAAUUCCUUGCUGACCAACGAAGUAGAGAUAAUCAAAGAAAAAAUCAACAAAUUGAAGAAAGUUAUCGAAGAAAAUCCCAGCGAUCCUGAGUUACUUCCGUUGCUUAAAGAUAUCAAGGAAGAAUUAGAUAGCGGUAUUGCAAAACGAGUCCUAGGUGGUCAGUGUGGCUUGUACGACACCCUAGUUGACCAUAUAAUUAAACACGAGACUUUGGAGAAAUCGAUUAAGGUUGCUUUUUUCGAAGCUCUAGUUUCGUUGAUGACUGGAUAUCCAGAUUUAUUGGAUGAUAAGGGAUUCAGCAUAGUUGCGAAUACUUUGAAAAAUCCGUCUGACGAUGAUAUACUCUAUUUAGUCCUGAGAUGGUCUGUCGAAUGCUGCAUCAAACAUGAACGAAAUAGAGAGAGAUUUCUGAACAACGAAACCGUUAUUCUAUCAAUUAAAAAUGUCAUAGAGAAGGAUACCAUCUCUGCCGAUGUAUUACGAUCGUUAUGUAGAUUAUUCCAAACCUUCGUAGUAAACGAUGAUAUCAGAGCGGAGAUUCCUAAUGCUCACAAACACGCUUGUCUAAUAUCGAUAGAGUUUUUACAACCUUUGAUAGUUCGUUUAAAAAAUUUCAGAUCGGAUAAACGUGUUUUGGUGUCUGUAUUACAAGCCCUUGUUGCUAUCAUCGUUCGAAAUGAAUUUUGUCAAAGUUUUGCCGACGCUGGUGGCCUGGAAUUGCUUCGAGAUAUCAUUUUAGAUUACUUAGAAGAUGAAAAUGUUUGCAGAUCGUGUUUAGGUUUGAUUAAGGUAGUAGCAGGAAAUGAUCAAGUAAAAGCUAAAGUAAUGCAGGUCAUAGAUCCUUCCAUUUUAGUUUCCACUAUUAAGAAAUUCUCUAAUUCUCAAAAAAUGUGCGGCCAAGGGUUGACUACUUUGUCAAUGUUGAGUUUAAGAAACGCUAAUAAUUGUCAACUACUACGUGAUAACAAUGUUACUGAAUUAGUCGUACAGUGUUUAAAAGUACACCCUCAGAAUAAAAAAAUAGCUAAAAAUGCCUGUUGGUUGAUCAAGAACCUAUCCCAAGGUAAUGAAAAAUUCGGCGCAGAUUUCUUAAACUUAGGCGUCGAAGAUUGUCUCAGAAGUAUUUUGAAAAAUCACGAAGAUUGUGUUUUCGAAGCAAACACAGCCCUGAGAGUAUUAGGAUUUGAGGUUGAAUCCAAAGAUAUAUGGACUGGCGAAGGCAAAGGAAUAGAAAAUUGAAAAAUUAGCACAAUGAAACACAGUACGGUGAGAUACGACCGAAAUUAUCGUACUUUAAUACCAACUACUUACAUUUUGAGCCUUGUGAUAUUUUAAAAUUAAUUCCUAACGUUUCAACUAGCUUCAAACGUUUAUUUUUUUUACAAUCGUUUUUUUCACUUGAUUUAAUAUAUAAUCACAAUUUUUUUUAUGUAUGUGUUGUAAUAAUAAUAAUCUUAAUCAUAAUUAAAAAGCUUAACAAAUAAA